AACACCAUAAUAAUAAUAUAUGUCAGAUGUCAGUUUAGUUUGUAUUGCUGUGGUGUAUGUAUAGUAAUUUACUAAAUAGAAUGUCAGGAUCUAAAAAGAUGACGCUGCGAGUCCAGUCGCCGGAAGGCACCUCGCGCAUUGAGGUGCUGGACACAGAUGUUACGUCGCGGUUAUAUGAACGAGUCUAUGAAAUCUUACGCCUUAAUACCUAUGGAUUUUCCCUGUACCGCGACCGCCAGCGCAAAGAGGAGAUUAUUUCUAGCAAAUCGCAUCAACUUCGUGAAUAUGGCUUACAGCACGGCGACAUGUUGUACCUAAACCCGGUGAAUGGUGCAGUGUUAUUUGACCAGCCAUCCACAAGUGCAGAGGAUAACAACAAGCCAUCAGGGGAGCCGGUGGGCGCGGGUCCCUCCGCCUCAAGUGCGCCUGUGACCGUCCUCAAGCCUGAAGAGGAUGAAGUGGAUUUGGAGCUGUACAAACUUUCGGGUGCCAUCCAGAGAGAGCGAGAUGACAAAUUAUGUCGGCACAACUCGAAGGGGUGCUGCGUACACUGCUCGCCGCUGGAGCCCUGGGACGAGGGCUACCUGCGGGAGCACAACAUCAAGCACAUGUCCUUCCACGCCUACCUGCGCAAGAUCACAUCGGGAAAAUUCAUUUCUUUGGAUGAACUUUCGUGCAAAAUCAAACCAGGCUGCAAGGAGCACCCGCCCUGGCCGCGCGGCAUCUGCUCCGCCUGCCAGCCCGGCGCCGUCACGCUCAACCGCCAGCCCUACCGGCACGUGGACAACGUGCUCUUCCAGCGCCCCGCCCUGGUGGAGCGCCUGCUGGCUUACUGGCGCGCCACCGGACACCAGCGCCUCGCCUUCCUCUACGGCCGCUACGAGCGCCACCCCGACGUGCCGCUCGGUAUACGCGCGCGCGUCACUGCGGUGUGGGAGCCGCCGCAGGAGAGCGGGCGCGACAGCAUCGUGGUGGGCGAGGAGCCGCACGCCGCGCUGCUGGCAGACCUGGCGGCCCGGCUCGGCCUGCGCCGCCUCGGCUGGAUCUUCACCGACCUGCUGCCCGAGGACCUGGCCGCCGGCACCGUGCGCCAUCUCAGGGGCGUGGACACGCACUUCCUGUCCGCGCAGGAGUGCAUCACUGCGGGCCACUUCCAGAACCUGCAUCCCAACGCGUGCCGGCACGCCUCCUCCGGGUACUUCGGCUCCAAGUUCGUCACCGUCUGCGUCACAGGCGACAGCGAGAAGCAGGUGCACCUGGAGGGGUACCAGGUGUCGGGGCAGUGCCAGGCGCUGGUGCGGGACGGCAUCCUGCUGCCGACGCGCGACGCGCCCGAGCUGGGCUACAUCCGCGACUGCAGCGCCCAACACUACGUGCCCGACGUCUACUACAAGGAGCGCGACGCGUACGGCAACGAGGUGGGCGUGUCCGCGCGCCGCGUGCCCGUCGCCUACCUGCUGGUGGACGUGCCGGUGGGCGUGGCGCGCCAGCCCGCCGCCCCGCCCGCCGCGCCCGCCCCGCCCGCCGCGCUGCACUCCCUGCGCGACCUGCACCGCCACAUCGAGGCCGCGCCCUCCUUCCUCGAGGCGAUGUCGGAGCUGCACGUGCUGCUGUUCCUGUGCACGAACGAGGCGCUGCCGCUGUCGCUGUCGUGCGUGGCGCCGCUGGUGGAGGCGGUGCGGGCGCAGGACGGCGCGGCGGCGGAGCGGUGGCGCGCGGGCCCGCAGGCCGGCACGCUGCUGCAGCUGGCGCGCGCGGCGGCGGAGGGCGAGGGUGAGGGUGAGGCGACGCUCGCACCCUGGACCUGCGCGCUCUGCACCUACCACAACGCGCCCGAGCUGCGCGCCUGCGAGAUGUGCGCCAUGCCGAGGAACGACGGCAUGUAGAGGCGGGCGGCGCGCCCCCUCGUGCUGCCUCGUGCUGCCCGGCCGCUCCACCGUACUUUGCAUGGGACGCCGAAACUUUCCCGAGACUUAAUAUAAAGAUUAUAUUUUUAUAGUCGAUAACUCCUUUAAUUCCACAAAUGUGAAUCGAAAACUUUAUAUGUUUGAAUUUUACCAAAACUGUCGUACAUUAAAGUGAAAUGAUCGGCGCUGAACUAGUAUUCAGGCGGUGUGAGAGCGAGAGCGAGAGAGAGAGAGAGAGAGAGCCGGACACAUGAUUCUCAAUUUCUCUCAUUGGACAAAUGAUUCUCGCUGAAAUUUGGCGUGGUUAUAGAACAGUGUGGAAGACCACGCAGGCUACUAUUUUAACUUUUUAUAAUGUGCCCGGACGCAGACACGGGAGACAGCUAGUUUAUUCAAUAAACUGAUUUGUAAGAUUAA